AUGACAACAGAUAAUACUGGUAGCCAAAUAACAGCAGAUGAAAUUGCUCUCUAUGACCGUCAAAUUCGGCUAUGGGGUGUAAAAGCACAAGAAAAACUUCGGACUGCCAAAAUUCUGCUCAUCACUCUCAGGUCCCUUGGCGCAGAAGUGGCCAAAAAUCUUGUGCUAGUUGGAAUUGGAUCCCUUACGAUCAUAGAUAAUGCUACUGUUAGAGAGGAGGACGUUGGUGCUCAAUUUUUCCUCUCGGAAGAGCAUAUCAGCCAAAACAGAGCAGAGGCUGCAGCCCCUCAAAUUCGUCAAAUGAACCCAAGGGUACAGGUGACAGUUGAAGCUGUCAAUAUCAGAUCAAAACCACCAGCAUUCUUUGCUUCAUAUGACGUAACCAUCGCAACAGAUCUGGACUAUGACACCCUCUGCUGGAUAAACAAUUCCUGUCGAGUGGCCAAUCGUCGUUUCUACGCCGCAGGAAUUCAUGGGUUUUACGGCUACAUCUUCUCCGACCAACUUAGCCAUGACUUUGUAAUCGAACGAGAAAAAUCAAACGUCGCCUCUUCGACCAUCGAAACACCCACCAGAACAAUUCUGGACGUGAAAACCAAAAAGGAAAACGACAAGGUUAUAGAAAUGAUCACAAAACGCGAAGUCUACUGUCCGCUCAUGCUUUCCAACACCUCUUCCCUGCCUCAGGAAUUCACUAAAGUGCGCCGUAAGCGCCUGCAGGUAACACCCCUUCUCACCUGUCUACGUGCCCUUUGGGAAUUCCAACGCGAAAUGAAUGGAAGUUUGCCCACAAGGGAUGACCUGGAAACAUUCCUUCGCCUCGCCAAUGACCGCCAUUUAGAACUUCGUCUAGAUAUUUCCACUCUCACCGCGGAGUUCAUACGAAGUUUCCUUGACAAUCUUGGCAGUGAAUUGAGUCCCGUUGCCGCAUUUUUGGGAGGUGCUGCUGCUCAAGAUGUCAUUAACGUUUUAGGCGCAAGGGAGCAGCCGCUGCAGAAUCUCCUAUUGUUCGAUGGCGAGCGGAGUGUUGCACCUAUCUAUUCGCUGCAUCCGAUUUUCCCGGAAGAGUGA